UAGUUCUACCCGAACGUAGCUAUUUUGACGCUGUGAUGCAACUUGACGCGGCAUUUUUAGCCGUGUCCAGCUUCGGCUGCUUCGCUCCCUUGAAAAGUCUUUACUAUCACAUAGCGUUUGUAUCCAGGCCACGUUUGAUCUUGUGUAUAACAGCCUACCAGACUGGGCCUUUGCAUCAUCCUCUACCGAUCUGUAACUUAUGCGGUGAGAAAUGUUCACAAAUGGGAGCAAAAAGGCAGUUUGGCUUGCAACAAAACGAAUUGCAUUGAAGUCAAGACUUUACAGCGCAAGAGCAAACAGAGAUACCAAGUCUAUCGUCCAGAUCUCACGGUCCAACAUUUAUCGCUUUGGUGACCCAAACUUCGCAGCGCCGGUCUUCCGUGAUGUUGAAUGGACUAUUAAUGAGGGUGAAAGCUGGGCUGUAAUAGGGACAGGUUCGAGGCAAAAGACGGCCCUUUUGCAGACGCUCCUAGGCCACCUACGUAUAACUCCUCCUCCGCCCCUACCCGAAGGACUAUUUCCUUUCCUCUCAGACCCUCCACGCGACCCACACAACUGUGUAGCUUUUGUAUCAUUCGCGCAUCGGUCCCGCGCAGCAGGUGGUGCUUUCUAUGACUAUACUUCUCGAUACGGCGCAGUUAGAGAGGAAGACCGUAUCACCCUCCGGGAAAGUAUGUUCGGAGAGUACGACUUUCUGAACAUUCAGCCAAAAGGUGGAAAGGUGAAAACGCCCGUAGAAAUUACACAGGACGAAGUAAAGAAGGGCAUAUUCGAGGACCUAACUUCGGGACUGGGUCUUUCAUCCCUGUUGGAUUUACCUUUGGUCGCUUUAUCGAAUGGCCAGACGCGUCGAGCACGCAUUGUGAAGGCUAUUUUGUCUGAACCGGAACUCCUUGUACUCGACGAACCGUUGACCGGCCUUGACGUCAAUACACGCCCAAUCUUAUUGAAUGUCCUUCGGUCACUACAUGAUUCUCGCAGUCCACGCAUCCUCAUGGGUCUCAGGAUGCAGGACCCUGUUCCCGACUGGAUUUCGCACAUCGCUCUAGUGACGGGCGAAACUAUCCUGACAGGCGUCAAAGAUGAAAUCAUGUCCAAGCACGCAGAUCAUCACGCAAACGAGGCUGAGCAUAGAAUGGCAAGCACUACUCAGUCAUAUCUGCAGUCUGGCCUUGAUCAUGGAAAGCCAGUAGUUGACAUGAAGAACGUAAAUGUGUCAUACGGCCCACGCAAGGUGCUCAAAAAGAUCAAUUGGACCAUUCGCGAAGGUCAGCGCUGGCAUCUUCAAGGCGCAAAUGGUUCCGGGAAAACUACACUUCUUUCACUCCUGACUGGCGACCAUCCCCAGUCUUACACUCAACGAGAUGGUUCGAAUCUGGAGCUGUUCUCUCGCCCUCGGCAACGUAUCCCUACUCCGCUCUUGCGUUCGCUCAUUGGUGUCGUUUCACCAGAGCUUGCAAAUGCGUACCCGCGACGCGCCGGUGUCAGUGUGUUCGACGUCGUAGGCACGGGAUUCGAUGGUGCUUUCGUCCCUGGUGGAAAGGACGGCGUCGGCAUAGGUCUAGAGGGUGCACUCAGCGACGAAGUCAGACAAUGGAGAGUGAAACGCGUACGCGAGGUCCUUAACGGCCUCGGUCCGACUUCCUGGGAGACGGAAACUAGCAGUUUCGCCGGUGGCGACGAGCUGUUGGCACCGAACGAAGUAUUUUCGAAACGCGAUUUCGUGGACCUUUCCGCAGGCGAACAGAGUAUCGUUUUGUUGAUGCGGGCACUUGUGGGCCACCCCCAACUUGUUUUGCUGGACGAAGUUUGGAGUGGGAUGGACGAAAAUAUGGUCCGCGCUGCGAGGCGCUAUCUUUGCGAGGGAGGCGUUGGAUCCGACCAAGCAGUAGUGGUUAUCAGCCACUGGGAGGAAGAGGUGCCUUGGACAGUACGAGAUGGUUUGAGAAGAUUUAAAUUAGAUGAUGGGGAAGGACAAGAGUUGUAAAGCUCUUCUCCGGAAAAAUUGAGCGCGUCAGAGAUAGAAGGUAGAUCCUUUGACGCCUUGGAGGAAUAAGCAAGCCACCCGUAAAAUUACACUUUCCACUACAAAGUGAAAUAUACCAUCCUACAUUGCGGGAUCUUCAGGCAUGCGAAUCAUAAAGUCUACCCUCCCUUCCACAUCUAUAAUAGCGGUUUCCACUGUCUCAUUUGGGUCACAUAAGAAAUAAUCUUCCUCCUUCAAGCCCUUUUC